AUAUUUUUGUUUACUUAUUUUUUUCCGUGCAAGUUACCCUUCAAAGUUCCCCAGCAAAAUCAAAGAUCAGAAGAUAGAAUAAUCCCAUUUCACAAAUAGAAUCAUUCCAUCAUCAAAAUCUCCUCCGACUAUUUUAUCCUCAAAUAAAUCUUCUCUCAACCAAAACCAUUGCCUUAAAAAACAAAAAAAAUCCAAAUCUUUCCUUCAAACCCCAAUUCUCACAAAAAUGGCAAACACAGAUGAAAUUGACAACAUUUCCUCCUUAUCAUUCACUGAUUUCCCUGAAGAUGUUCAGCUCAACAUCCUGUCAUUUCUCACUCUAUCAGAUAUCUCCAAGUUCGCUUGCACUUCAAAACGCUUCGUUUCUCUUUGUCGUGAUGACCCGAAACUCUGGUUUUCCAUGUGUCAACGCAAAUUCGGAUCCAAAACCCAAAUUAACAAAUGGGGUAAUGGUAAGAUUUCAUAUAAAAUUCUUUACAAUACCCUUUUGAUAUAUGAGAAUUUAAUUGGUUUUUGGAGAAGAAGUGGUGCUGAAUGUGAUUCACCGUUAAUCUUUUUUGAAUGGGGUCCAUUUUAUUUAGCUGGUUCUAGGGUAAAACCAUCAAGAAAUGGUAGUUAUGAAGUGAUAAAGUUGCCUUUUUUAUGGAUGGGGAUUACAUCUAAGGGUGAAAUUGUGAACUAUCUUGAUCCUGAUGGGAAAGUUGAGUUGACCGAAAACGCGAUGAAUUUAGAUGAUUUGGGUUCUGCUGUGAGGGAAUUGUUGAUUCCAGUGAAUGUGAAUUUUAAUGGGGGAAGUCAUAUCGUUGUGGAGGAAAAUGGGAGUGCAUUUGGGUAUUCUUGUAAAGUUUCAAGCUCAGGGAAUGUGAGGGAAGAGGAGUAUGAGGAUCUAUGUGGGUCCCCGGGGAGUUUACCGGAUAGGUUGAUGUCUGAGAUUUAUCAGUAUUUUGCGAACAAGACGAGUCGUGGUGGGAAUGGGUCAGCGAGGAGGCAAAGAAGGAGGGAGAAGGAAAGACUAGGAAGAAGGAAGUGGGAGUGCGAAGAUUAUGUGAAAAUAGUGAAUAGUUCGCCUACGCCGGCUAGGCCUUUGCAGGGCUUGUGGAAGGGAUUUUGUGAUGACAUGACGUUGGAGUUCUUCCUCGUCUCAUAUGAUGAUAUUGGUGGCAUUGCUUGCAGAAAAGUUGCGGAGUUAUGUAAACCUACCUCUGCAUAUGCCCCAGUAUUUUGGACUUCGAAUACCAUAUUCAUUAAGUCGCCUUUAUCUUCAGAAGAAGAAAACAUAUAUGAGAGUCGCGUGCAUAUUCAGCCCCUUGCUGAAGCUGAUGACCCAUGUGAGAUUUUGCCUAGUUCUGAUAAGAGAGCAGUCUUGAGCAUGCUUUGCAUGAACUCAAGCUACGACUUGGUUAUUCCUGAUUUGGCAGGAGACACUGUAAAUCCUAGGCAGGCGGAGGGAAGGAUUUGGCAGUAUGAAGAUGGGACCUUUGGGUUUGGGUUUCUGCGAGACGAUUACAUUAUAGACUUGAGGUGUAUUGCUCAAAAUGGUCAGAUAUUGGAGACAGCAGAUUUUUCUAGUGAUUGAUCUUGCUGUGUACAUUAAUAGACAGAUAGAAAUGCAGCAGGAAAUUUCCUAUUUAUAUUCUUGUACAUAUUCGUAGGUUUCUUUUCGCUAGCAAGAUUCUUGUUCUGUUGUGUCAUUUGUGACAGUAAAAUGUUGUUUUCAAUGUAACCUAGGUAUUUUCAAGCUUCCUUUUCUGUGACU